GCAGCAGGUGCGAGAUUUUGUAACAAGCAACUCUAGUAUUGACCGUGGAACGUUUGGUCUCGACGUCGACCGGCGCUGGCGUCGACUGGCGUCGGUCGGCGUCGUUCCAGUUGGCGUUCGCCGCGAGUGAGGGGAUGUCUUUGUUCGAAAGUGCCGCUAAAAUCGAGGAAAAUUGAUUAUAUGUGAGCCGGUGAAUAUGGUAUAGCCGGCAAGGUGGGUGGACGAGAGUAUGGCCAGAGUGCGGAUGUUCAGAUGGACAUGGAUUUGUUUUUGGGCUGCGAUAGCUGGACUAUGCGCUCUGGCCCCAACCGAGGGUCAACAACAAUGUCCUCCGCUUGGGGAAAUAUCGCCGUGUUCCUGCACGGUAAAGAAAAACGGUCUGGAUAUUCUUUGCGAGUUUACCGACCAGCAGCACAUAAUCGACGCCAUGGGAAAACUCAAGGGGAAAACUCUGACCAUUUUCUAUUUAAAGUUAAGACAUAACAAUCUUAGGAAAUUGACCGGUUUCAUUUUCCUCGGUUUGGACAUCAGACACCUUACAAUACACAACAGCAGUUUGUCAGUCGUCGAAGAGGCCUCGCUUAGUUCCAUUGGCAAAAUGUUAACUCAAUUGGAUGUAUCUCAAAACAACUUAAUCCAAGUUCCAUCGCAAGCUAUAAGAAACCUCAACCAGCUGUUGAUUUUAAAUCUGAACCACAACAAAGUAACCAGCCUGCACAGCAAAGCAUUUCAAGGUUUAGACACCUUAGAAAUACUUACUUUGUACGAGAAUAAGAUCACCAACAUCGAAACCGACGCUUUUGUUGGUCUAGAAAAGAAAUUGAAGAGGCUUAAUCUUGGGGGAAACGGGUUAACAAAAAUCCCACAAAAAUCACUCGCUAUUCUGGAUAUGUUGAAGAAACUCGAAAUGCAAGAAAAUAGAAUUAGCGACAUCCAAGAAGGCGAUUUCGAAGGUUUGAAAAACCUGGAUUCAUUGGGAUUAGCGCACAACAAAUUGCGAAAAGUGCCGGCGAAAGUUUUUUCUCAUCUGACGGUAUUGAAUUCGCUUGAAUUGGACGGAAAUAACAUCGACACCAUAGAUUCCGAGGCUUUUGUCGGAUUGGAAGAGAAUCUCCAGUAUCUUCGUCUCGGCGAUAACAAUAUUCACACAAUUCCAACGGACGCCCUAAAAGGACUGCACCGCCUGCGUCACUUGGAUUUGAGGUCGAAUAAUAUUUCUUACAUCGCCGAAGACGCCUUCGCUGGAUAUGGGGAUUCAAUAACAUUCCUCAACUUGCAAAAAAACGAUAUAAGAACAUUGACAGGAGUAGUGUUUGAAAAUUUAAAUUCUUUGGAAACACUAAACCUGCAGAACAACAAGCUAAUGCACAUUUCAGAAGACGUGAUAGAACCUGUUUUAGACACACUUAAAGUAAUCGAUAUAGUGGACAACCCCUUGCUGUGCGAAUGUGAUCUGCAGUGGUAUAAAAAUUGGCUGCGCAACCUGAGGGACAAAGACGACGAUCUGAUGCAGAAGAAGCGCGCAGUGUGCAUCAUGCAGCAGGAGCACAGGGAGUACAGUUUGCAGAGUCUGCCGCUGGAGAAGAUGAAUUGCAUCAUCAAGGAUUAUGGCCUCGUCAAUGCGGGGCGCGGAGAAAUUUGCCGGCCGAUCGGGUUUUUAGCCACUACAGGCACCGUUCUGUACGUCACAGUAAUGCUCUUUUAGAAUAUUAUAAGCCUUUAAAAGUGUUGUAGUGUUUUGAAAACUUUGUUAAAUUGUUUCGUUCUUUCGAAAAGAACACAAGAAAAUUUAGAUAGAUAUUAAAAUAAUGUAAGUAAUUGUUUGACGAUCGAAUUGUGGUGGUUUUUAUUGGUAAUAUAUUUAUUCUUUUUAUUAUCCAAUAAAAUGUAAUGUUUUCAUAUUUGUUCUGUAAAUUUCGACAUGCC